AUGGACUACAAUAUGGAAGACACCCAAAACUCUGGCCCGGACUCUGCAGUGACGCUGGAGACUUCGAAACUGGGCAUUGGUGCUACAAGAACUGAUAAUACUCAAAAGGUUACCAAACGGCUACAGAGUGAACUGAUGCAGCUGAUGAUGUCUCCGUCACCUGGUAUAUCUGCCUUCCCAGAUGCUGACGGCAAUCUACUGUCGUGGACUGCCACAAUCAGUGGACCAACAGAGACGCCCUAUGAGGGCCUCACCUUCAAGCUCUCCUUUGCCUUCCCUUCAAACUACCCUUAUGCGCCUCCUACAGUCCUCUUCAAGACCCCUGUUUACCAUCCAAAUGUCGAUUUUUCCGGUCGAAUCUGUCUCGAUAUUUUGAAGGAUAAGUGGAGUGCGGUUUACAACGUUCAGAGCGUGUUGUUGAGCUUGCAAAGCUUGCUCGGGGAGCCAAACAAUGCAAGCCCUUUGAACGGCCAAGCCGCAGAGCUUUGGGAUAAUAACCCAGAGGAAUAUAAGCGGCAUGUUCUCGCACGACAUCGGGAUAUUGAAGCUGGUGAAUAG